AUGUCGAUUCCUUCUUCCCCCAAACUGGAUGGCCUGGAUAUCAUCCAAACCACCUACAAGAAAAUCGGCGACCAUGAAAUCCGAACAGACAUUUUGAUCCCUCAAACUCCGCACAAGGGCCAACGACCGGUGAUCAUCCGGUUCCACGGCGGUGGCUUUGUCUUUGGCGACUCCUUGUACAUGGACUUCUACCCGCACUGGCUAUCUGAUCUCGCCAUCACGCAUGGCGCGGUGGUGAUCUCACCCAACUACCGCCUCAUCCCCGAAGCCUCCAGCACCGACAUCCACGACGACAUGGAGGAUUUCUGGACAUGGAUGCACUCGUCUGCUCUAGCCGACCUGCUGGCUGCGCACACUACGCCCACGGCAGUCGAUCUAGACCGGGUCCUUACAUUCGGCGAGUCUGCUGGCGGUACUCUCAGCAUUAAUCUCGCCCUCUCGCAUCCGAGUGAAAUCCGCGCCUGCACAGCUGCGUAUCCAUGCGUGGACCUUCAGUCGCCGGACUACCAUACUCCACGUGAAAAGCCACCAUUCGGCCAUAACUUCCCCAAGGAAAUCGUCCAGAAAGUUCUGUCCUCUACUGUCCCCGGCACGCCGGUGUCGUCGAUCACCGAGCAAGAACGACUGGUUUUCUUGCUGUCGGGUAUGGAGUACGGUGAAAUGGGCGGUCUAUGGGACAAAGGCGUGAAGGAUUCAGACCGCGCGAGAGUUUAUACCUUUGAGAAACUCGAGCUGCCGGAUUGCAGUCUUCCGCGUGGUGGCAUAGCGAUUAUCCAGGGUGCCGGGGAUAGUGUGGUUCCGGCGCGCGGCGCGGAGAAGUUUGUGCAUCGUGCGCGCGAGGUGUUUAGUGGGAAGCUCGGUGGGGAUCACAUUGUUUUUACUCUCAGAGAUGGGGAUCAUGGGUUUGAUGGUGAUGCUCGGUAUUCAGAGGAGUGGUUGCAGGAUACGUUGAAGGUGGCGGUGGAGACUUGGUUGGAGUGA